AUGACCCCUACUAUGUUCCAUCCCGUCUAUCAACAGGGCGAUCCCGGUAAUGGUAUCGGGGGCUAUGACUUGAAAUCUCGUGUCGAUCGUGUGUUCGCUUUCGACUAUAAUCAUAGCGGAAAAUUGAACUAUCUUGCCCUAUAUCGACCCGGUACUGGAACCUUCUGGAUUCUAAAGAACAGAGACGGUGUUUUCUCUCCCGUCUACCAGCAGGGUGCUCCCGGUAAUGGUAUCGGGGGCUAUGACUUGAAAUCAAGCGCCGAUCAGGCAUUUGCGUUUGAUUAUGAUCAUAGCGGAAGGCUAGACCAUCUCGCCUUAUACCGACCUGGUACUGGAACCUUCUGGAUUCUAAAGAACAGAGACGGUGUAUUUUCUCCCGUCUACCAGCAGGGUGCUCCCGGUAAUGGUAUCGGGGGCUAUGACUUGAAAUCAAGCGCCGAUCAGGCAUUUGCGUUUGAUUAUGAUCAUAGCGGAAGGCUAGACCAUCUCGCCUUAUACCGACCUGGUACUGGAACCUUCUGGAUUCUAAAGAACAGAGACGGUGUUUUUUCUCCCGUCUACCAGCAGGGUGCCCCCGGUAAUGGUAUCGGAGGCUACGACUUAAAGUCAAGCACUGAUCAGGCAUUUGCUUUUGAUUAUGAUCAUAGUGGAAGACUAGACCAUCUCGCCUUAUAUCGACCUGGCACCGGAACAUUCUGGAUUCUAAAAAACAGAGACGGUGUUUUCUCUCCCGUCUACCAGCAGGGUGCCCCCGGUAAUGGUAUUGGUGGGUACGAUUUGAAAUCUGGUGUCGAUCGCGUGUUCGCUUUUGACUAUACCCAUAGCGGAAAACUGGAUCAUCUUGCCUUAUAUCGACCUGGCACCGGAACUUUCUGGAUUCUUCAGAACAGAGACGGUGUAUUCUCCCCUGUCUACCAACAAGGGGCACCCGGUAAUGGUAUUGGUGGUUAUGACUUGAAGUCAAGUGCUGAUCGGGCGUUCGCCUUUGAUUAUGGUGAAGGGAAGCUCGACUAUCUUACUUUAUAUCGCCCUGGAACCGGGACAAUCUGGAUUUUGAAAAGAGUCUAA